GCGUCGCUGAGCAGCGCUGAGCUCCGGGCUGCAGCGGUGAGGAAGAGGAAGUGGAGACGUGUGUUUUAGAGCUGUUUACAUCAGAUUACAUCAGGAUUUCACUGAAUCAGCGUCGAUUAAAACUUCUGCAGCUUUUAAACCGAGUCACAAACUUGAGCAGCACUUCUCCAGGCCUGUUUAGAAGCAGAAACGCCAGUUUAAACAUGGAGAAACAGAUCUUUCUCUUUCUCCUGCUGAACCUCUUCCUGCCCGGCCUAUACUGCUGGAAUAAUGGUGCGGUGUUGCUGCGUGACGUCCAGGUCCUGACGCUCUAUAAGGGACGCUACACCGCCGCGCGCCGCACCAGCCCCAUUCCUCAGCUGCAGUGUGUCGGAGGAACUGCUGGCUGUGGCUCUUUUGUCCCAGAGGUGGUCCAGUGUCAGAAUAAAGGAUGGGAUGGGGUGGAUGUGCAGUGGGAAUGUAAGGCAGAUAUGGAUAACUGGUACCGGUUCGGUCGGGUGGAGGUGUCGUGUGAAGGUUUUAACAGUCCUGAUGACGCGUACAUUCUGCAGGGCUCCUGCGGUCUUGAGUACACUCUGGAGCUCACAGCAGAGGGCAAGCAGCACCAGGGCUCCCGUGGCUCUUCUGGGUCCUCAGGGUUCGCCGGUUUUGCUUCCAGUUUCUUCCAAGAUAAGGGUCACAGUGGUGGUGGAUAUUAUCAGCAGGGUGGAUCGUCAGGUGAGGGUGCUGGGGGUUUAAUCGUUAUCGCACUCUUCCUGUUGCUGGCGUAUGGCGUCUACAAGAUAUUCCUGUGCAAUCCCACCCAUGGCCACCAGGGUUUCCAAGGAGGAGAUGGGUCCACUGGAGCCUGGAGCGGUGACUACAGCAACACGGGCCCUCCACCGCCCGGGUUUAAGCCGGACUACACAGCUAAUUCUUCUGGUUUCGACUCCUCUGGACCAAGUUGCGGUUCCUCUGGGCAAGGUUAUGGUUUCUCCGGGCCCAAAUAUGGAUUUUCGGACUCCUACACUAGACCUCAGACUGCAGGGACUGGAUUUUCCUCCCGCCAGAGCGGCUUAGGAGGAGGUGGAUUCUGGACUGGAAUGGGCACUGGUGGGGUGCUGGGAUACCUGUUUGGCAGUCAGAGGCGUCAGCCUCCAAUGGGCACGGCUAGACCUUCGUACUACAGCACUCCUCCUGCACCCAGCACCAGCUCUGGAACUCGCACUGCCUCAGGUUUUGGCGGCACGAAGAGAAGAUAAACAUUGCAGAUGCAGUUACAAACCUGCCAUUAAAAAAAUGGUGUUCUGGUGUUGAAAUGUGAAGACAUUUUAAGAGGAAGUACUGUAAAAGAAUGAUUUUAAAGGAUUAGCGAGCUAAUUUCCCACUUGUAAUUGGAAACGGUGAAUUCAAAUGCUUUAGGAUGUUCAAAUCUGUUCCAAUCAUAUACACUGGCAUCUCAGUUUAAUGCAGCAAGAAGAGGUAUGGGUAAAAUUGUGCCUUAAUGUUUUAUUUUCAGUUUAUAUAGAGCGUACAACUGGGGGUGGUGACGGGACUUACUAAAAAAUACUAAAAUAUAUAAAACGUGCAAAAAGAACAUUGGUCAAAAUAAUAUUGAGCGGUUCAUUGUGUUCAAACUAUAAACAUUUAAUAAAUGUUUGUAGAGGUACAACAAUGAAAACAUAAGAAGAAACUAAACAUUGAGUUUGAGACAGUACAGUUAGCUAACCAAAGAUGGAGAUAAUUUUAUUAGUUAAAAAUGUGGUACAGAUAUCUUUUGAGCUAUUGUUAGCUAAGCUAAAUGUUCAGUGUCAACAUUUGAAUAAUAAAAGGAAAAGCAUUACAUGUAAAAAGUUGAGUGUGCAGUGGGAAGUAAAGUAAAAAAUGUAAAAAAGAAAUGCUAGCUAAUAUAGCUAACAGGCUAACAGCGCUAGCAUGGCCUGUGAAUAUAGCCAUAUUUGAAAUUAACAUUAGGACUAGCUAAACAAAUUAGCUAAGUCUCACAUUCGCUAGCUAUGAUAGCUUUUGUUAGCUCCUCUGUUUGGUUAAAUGAGCAGAAACCAUUACACAAAUUAGCUCGCUAAUCAGUGAGUGCAGCUUUUGGCUACUUUUUUCUUUUAAAGGACAAUAGCGAGAUAUUGUUUAUGGCAGCGACUUUAUUUAAUAGUUUAUUAAAUUCCUGAGGGUGGAAAGUUUGCUGGUUUUGAUAUGUGACUUUUUUUUUGGGUUCCAUAAAAUAUAUAUAUAUAUAUAUAUUUUUAUAAAAUAACUUUGUUUUCGCAGGUUCUUCUAUUUGUGUGAUGUAUUUGUGUGACUAAUGUACCAAAAACCUGUGCUGUGCUUAAAUAUAAAAUAUAUUAUAUUUAUAAUAUGUAUAUGUAUAUAUUGUAAUGCUAUGUGUUAUAUUAUUGCUGUCAAAAAAUGCAAAUUUUGUUUAAUUACAGAAAAAAAAACAUCUAAAGUCUAUUUUUGUUCAUCUAUUUGUUUCGGAUUAUAUAGUAAAUUAAAAAUUGGACAGCAACAAUAUGCAUAUAAACAUUUUUUUCUGAAAAAGGCUUUUUUUGUUUGUAAAAAAAAAAGUUACUAUACAUUUGCAAAUAAAUACUUUUAAGGUUGUCUCUGUUAAAUUGAUCAUUUAACAAAAAUCAUGAAAUGUUUUGUGUUUUGAGCUAUAUAUUUUCUGUAAAACAUUCUUGACUUGGUUAUUAAAAUAUAAAAUUGGUG